AUAUUUGAAUAAGAUCACAUUUUAGGUUGUUUUGAGAAAGCAAAAAGAAAAUCAGUAGGCGUAGAGAACAGCAAAGAAAGAGGAAUAAUGGAGCAGGAAGAGCACGAAGUGUACGGUGCAGACAUUCCCGACGAGGAGAUUGACAUGGACGCAGACGCCGAGCAACAAGAUGAGCAACUUGCCCCCAAUCACACAAACAAGGAACUGGAGGACAUGAAGAAGAGGCUGAAGGAGAUCGAGGAGGAAGCUAGCGCCCUUCGCGAAAUGCAGGCCAAGGUCGAGAAAGAGAUGGGCGCUGUUCAAGAUUCGUCGGGCACUUCCGCAACUCAAGCUGAAAAGGAGGAAGUGGAUGCUCGGUCAAUCUAUGUUGGUAAUGUUGACUAUGCAUGUACGCCUGAAGAAGUCCAGCAGCAUUUUCAGUCCUGUGGAACUGUGAACAGGGUGACAAUACUGACAGACAAAUUUGGUCAACCAAAAGGGUUUGCUUAUGUAGAGUUUGUUGAGAUUGAUGCCGUGCAGAAUGCUCUCCUGUUAAAUGAAUCAGAAUUGCAUGGUCGACAACUGAAGGUGUCUGCCAAGCGUACAAAUGUUCCUGGAAUGAAGCAAUAUUUUGGAAGAAGACCUGCUGGUUUCCGAUCUAGGAGGCCUUUCAUGUCUGCUCCAUUCUUUCCACCAUAUGGUUAUGGAAGGGUUCCAAGGUAUAGAAGACCCACUCGAUACAGGCCAUACUAGUGCACAUUCUCAGUUUAAUAGGUGAUCACAUAUUAAUUAUGAUGAGACAGGGCGUUGUUAAUUUGCCAUUGUAAUAAUUUUCGUUGGUGGAGCAAGAACAUAAGCUUUCGUUUACACAGAAGUUAGAUGUCCUUGCCUGUUAACGCUGUAGAAUGUAUGAUGCGAACAAAUGUAGUUUUGAUCACUUGGCUACCCAUCUUGAAUGUUGAUAGCACUCGGCACUCCGGUUUUUACUUAUACAGUGAUGGAGGCAACUAUGCAGGGGGGAAUUUCAAUAGUUUGUUAGUUUGAACAUCAAAAUUAGACUAUUCAGUGCAAUGUUGGAUUUUUUAAAGAAUUGAUAUUAACAGUGUUGGAAUUGGUUACGUGCUUGCUACCGAAGUCAGUUCUUACUUAAA